AUGGAUUUAACGUUAAGAAGUAACUGGCCAGAGUCAUUUGGAUUCAGCAUAUACGGUCCAGAUGGUCCGACUUACGUUAUUUCUGUUGAAAAGUUUAGUAUAGCACACCAGGCAGGUUUAUGUCCUGGAGACCAACUGGUUGAAUUUGAUGGUUACAAUGUAUCGUCGAUGUCGAAAGAAGCUAUAAUUAAAUUGGCGAAAGCGUGUCUAUCAUCGAAUCCAAGUGUCGGAGUUGUGUCCAGAUUGCAAUUUGUGGAGUUGGAAGCUGAUCGAAAAUGGGGCUACGGAUUGUCGGUGGAAGGAUUGAAACCUACUGUUGUAAGUAGAGUUGAUCCUCCUGGUCCUUCAUACGCGGCCGGCAUAAGACCAAGUGAUAUCAUUCUGGAAAUUGAUGGUCACAAAAUUCGGACUCUGCAGAUGGCUAAGAGUAUUUUAGAAGAAAAACGGGGUAAAAUUGUUCUAGCAAUGAUCUCUAUGGAGAAAAAAAUCAACUUGACGAAUACGGCGAACAUUGCACAGCAAAGUCGAAUAUACAGGGCUCAAAAACUGUUCCUUAAAAUGAAUGAAUCAUUUGAUGGAGAUUUUGAAAAAAAGAUGGCAUUGGUAAGAUUGAAACACAAUCAUGUUUUGAAACCCACUCUGCGUAGAUCUCUCAUACCUAUGAAGCACCGUCCAAAAUUUGACCAAAUUAUAACACAACAUUUAUCAAGUAAGCAUCUUGUGUCUUCGGCAGAAAUUAAUGAUAGCAAAGAAUCUGUUAAAAAAUAUUUACACUGGCAAAAGUGGCUGUCACAUUUCAACGAACCAAGAAUUUAUACAAUUGAACGAAUGAACGGAACAUUUGGCAUGCUGUUGCGUGGGAAUGGACCCGUCAAAAUAGAAUCCGUCUUGGAUGGUGGGGCUGCCGAGAAAGCUGGUCUUAGACCAGGAGAUACAAUAAUCAGUUUAAACGGAAUUGAUGUCAAAAACUCUAGCCACGAUCACGUGAUCAAAAUGUUGCAGAGUGCCGGUCAAUCCAUAAAAAUUGCAGCCCAAGCAUUUAAAUCCAAUGAAGACAUUAAGACGUUAGAAAAUCGAUCGAUCUCAGAAGAUGUUGUUGAAGCGGACAGUGAUAGUGAUGAAUCGACGGUAGAAUCAUCAACAGAGCCAUUGAAUGACGACAUGAAGAAUAAUUCUCUGGUCAAUAUUAACGAAUCAUUCGAGCGUGAUGUUCAUUUAUUGCUAACACCAGAGGAGAGGGUUCAAAUGCACACUCAUCUAGAUAUUCAACACUUCGUGUAUUCAAUGAACUUGCUUCUGAAUACAAAUUCAAAAAGAACGCUAUGGAGACACUUUUUGAGUAGAUUUGCAGAUGAGCAAAGAGAUUAUGCCUUGCAAAAUAUUACCAAAAAUGACGAAGAUGGCAGCUAUGAAAGUGUUAACAGGAAAAAUUCUUUCAGUUUAAACACGGACAGUGGUUGGUCUAGCGAUUCUGGUCAAAGCAACUCGGGCGCAGAGACAAAAUUAAACGGUGGUCUCACGAAAAAAUCCAAACUAACUUUUAAAUUAUUUAAAGAGCGUUUAAAUUAUUUGAUGACGGCAAGAGAGAAGGUGUACCUCAAGAAAGUUCUGCAGAUAUACCAGAAAAAAAAAAAUGUGGUCAACUUGUUUGGAGAUGUGACGUACCUAUUGAACACGCCAUCGAAAAGAAGCUUGUGGGACUUUAUCUUACCUCUUCUGCCAACUCAACACCAACUCUAUUGCAGAAAGUUGUUGGCAUCGGGUUUAAAUGCAGGUUAG